AUGUACGUUUUAAACUCCGACAGGUUAAAGUUGGAAGCAGGUAGUUUCGUUAUAGUCUUGAUCUGUCCACCAUUUAAAUUAAAUCAAAGAACAACAAAUAAACCAGACUUUUGGCAUUUGUUCCUUGAGUUACAAAAACUUUACAAGAAUGUUGUGCAUUACAUGGCACUUGGAGAUGGUACUCCAACAAUGCUCAAUAUAUGUUUUUCUACGGACACAAAUUUAAAUAUCAGUAAAGAUCUGAGUCCCGAAAUUGAAUGUGAAGUUGAAACUGAAUCAGACUGGAGUUCUGAUGAUAAUGAACCAUGGGAUGACUUGAAUGUGUGUAUAGACGAUAACGUUGCUCUUGUGCAUGAAUGGCGGGAAAAUUUUUCCAAGAAAUUACUAUUUCAUCGAACUGAAAAUCUAGAGUUACAGAGUAAUAAUGAAUCAACAGAUGAUGAUCUUGAAUAUCUCAAUUUUGAUGAUGACUGGAAAAAUGAUAAUAAAGCAGAUGAAAUAGUGGCAAUAUCUCUAGGAGGAUCUUCUUUGGGAGGAUCUUCUUUAGGAGGAUCUUCUUUAGGAGGAUCUUCUUUAGGGGUAGGUUCCUCAUUGGGAGUAGGUUCCUCUGUUCCUGUUGUUGCUGAAUCUGGCGUGGGGUUAUCACUUGCAGGAGUAGAAGUAUCGGUUGUUGUUGUAUUAGUAUCGGUAGCAGUAGUCUCUGGAGCUGAAGAUGAUAAAGUCACCUUAUAUUCUUCGAUUCUUGUGAAUCGUACUUGGUGCAGAACAGCUACUCCAUACCUGUGGAAGAAUCCUUUUAAAUUAGUUUCUCAUGAAAAUGUAUAUAAGCUUAUUUGUAUCUAUUUUAAAAGUAUGUCAAGUGAAAUUUUUAUAGAUGAUAGUGAUGAUGUCAAUUUUUAUUUCUUGCAAGACAGAUUGAUUCUUAAAGAUAAAACAAAUUUGAUUUCAUUUAUCAGAGGCACUCAAGCAACUUUAUUUGACUAUAUAUCAUUUUUUAGGGUUAUUAUUAGUAGAAAACCAAAUUCUGGUUAUUCAAAACUUAAAUCCUUACAUUUAGACUAUUGUUGUGAUGGUCACACGUUAGAUUGUAUAUCAAAAAAUUGUAGAACAAUUGAAGAAUUAUGGAUUUCGUUGGCUGAACGAACCAUCGAGAUAAAACCUUUGUGUGAUUUGAUAACGUCACAAAAAUCUUUAAAAGAUUUUAGAAUACGUAGUUCCACAAUGAUCAUGGAAUAUUACUUUAACAUACCUGACGUUCUGCUUGAAGCUUUAGAAGCACACAAAGAUUCUUUAACCACACUACAGUUUUUCUGUUGCCAAUUCUACCAAUGUCAAUCAUUCAAGCCCAUAUCAGAAUGUAAAAAUCUUAAAAGAUUGGGUUUCUUCAAUUGCGAGGGAAUGACUCAUUCCAAAAUAUUUCAUUUAGCAGCAAAAGGAAACUUGCCAAAACUGGAGGUGUUGGCGAUUGCUGUUUAUGAUGAGUUUUCAUCUGACGUUAUAAUAGGAAUGAUUAAAAACUCACACAACACUUUGAAAAGGGUUUCUUUGCCGAUGGCAACUCCAGAUAAUGGCAUUAAUCAUGUUAUGAAUGCUAUGAAAUCAUUUUGCUACGAAAAUUUAAGAGGUAUCACUGUGAAUUUUAUGGCCGGUGAUCAUAAUAAUUUUGAAAAUUUCCUAUCACUGCUAGAGAAAUGUCAAAAUUUGGAGCGUAUCUGUAUAGAAGGUGGUGAUUUCGAAGGGUUUCCUUUGGAUUUUGAUAGUGAGGAAAUGAGUUUAAAAUUUCGUAAAUUGACAAAAAAAUUACCAAAAAAACUUUACAAAUUGGUGUUUUACAAUGUCUCAAUCACACCAUCAUUACUAUUAUCUUUCCUUAAAGACUUGAAAUCUUCUUCACUUAAAGUAUUAGGAUUCUACGAGUGUCCGUUAUUUGAAGAUUUGCACAUUGAGAUGAUCAUAGAAUAUGUACAGGAUCCUAAUAAUGCAUUAGAGAAUUUAAUUAUUAAUUGGUGUGACUUUAUCACUGAAAAUAUUAUAAAUAGAGCAAGACAAUAUAUUAAAAAAGUAGAUUUUAGUGAUAUUGAACCUCAUGAAAUGGAAUUUACUGCUUGGUUAGAAUAA